AUGUACGGCCCAGACGGACCAAACUCUAAAAUGCGUGGAUGCUGUGGGAGAGAGUCGGACAGAACACAGAUUCUGGACGGAAACCUCGACGGAGGCAGCAACUCGUCAUCGGUCAUGUGAUUGUAGGAAGAAAGAGCAGCAAGACAGAGUCCAGUGGCAGCCCACGCCCGCGUUAUGUUUUUGUGGCCAUUUUAUAACUAACAGCAUUCCAGCGGCGCCGACAACUGAGCCCAAAGUCCCCAGUUCAGUUCGCGUCCCCAUCCAGGGAUCCCAUCCCAGUUCCAAGACCCCAUCCCCAAAAGGGCCGGGCCACACACAUCGAUGGUUUAGCCGAUGACGACGAUGAUGAUGACCGCUCUUUGCGCACGGAGGAGUUGGGGGCCAAGUGCAUUGGAAACACCGCCUGGUGACAGAAGCGGCAACGGGAGCAGAAUCAACCAUUCGAGAAGGAGGAUGUUAAGGGCCGAAACUGGUUGGGGUUAUGGGACGGAGACCGACUCCUUAGCCAGCCAACUCGACCGCUUUUAUACCCCUUAAUGCGAGUAGAAAGAAAAAAAAAAAUAGUAUCCUUACCCAUCUUGAAACGGGAAAAUAAACUAAUUUUGAUCACUUCAGAAAUAACUAUAAUAAUCCACCAAUAAAUAAAUAAAAGAAAACA